AUGGAUUUGAAAAGGAGACCGAGCGAGGACCUAGCAAAUUCAGCCAAAUCCUUACGGAUUGAGGAUGAAAAGGGUGAUCAAUACAACAAUGCAGACUCAGGUUCUCAAUACAACAAUACCUCUGCCGGUAGGCAGUACGUUGCCGACCAAAUUAACAUCACUGAAAAUCGGAUAGAACGCAAGGGCGAAAACCUCGAGUUUCUCAAGGACCUACGACUUACGGACCCUCGCGAUGAUAAAUCCCGUAUCAUGGACACCAAAGGCGGCCUGCUGGCCAAAUCGUAUGAAUGGAUUGUCGAUUUUGGGGACUUCAAAAAAUGGCGCAGCGACCACUCCAGCGGCGUUUUUUGGAUCAGCGGAAGCCCUGGCAAGGGAAAGACUAUGCUCCUCUGUGGCAUCAUUGACCACCUGAGUGAUCCUGGUGCAAAGCAUAUUCCUCCAUCUUUCUUCUUUUUCCAGGAAAGCGAUUCGCAGCUUAACAAUGCUACAGCUGUACUCCGCGGUUUAAUAUAUCUUCUUGCUAUCCAGCACCGGUCAUUCUUGGAGUAUCUACAGGAAAGAUACAGUCUCAGUGGUGGAACGCUUUUCGCUGACCCUGAUAACUUCUUCGCUCUCUCCAACGUUUUCAGAAACAUGCUGUCGAUCCAGACGACAAACCCAAUAUACCUAAUUGUUGAUGCACUUGACGAAUGCCAGACCGAUUUACGAAAAUUACUGGAUCUCAUAUGCCAGACGUCCUCAACACCCUCCAACUGCGUCAAGUGGAUUGUCUCGAGCCGCAACCUAUACGAUAUUAAGGAGGUCUUGGGGCCUCUUGAACAUAAAGUCUACCUCAGCCUUGACCAAAAUGAGGGACUCAUUUCUACCGCCGUUAACACGUACAUAGAUCACAAGGUUUCACAGCUCUCAAGAGCUAAGAGAUACAGCCCUGAAGUGAAAGCAGAAGUUCAGAGGUACCUGAAGCAAAAUGCUAACGAAACGUUCCUCUGGGUAGCCCUGGUCUGUCAGCGCUUAUCGGGUAUCAAGCCAUGGAAUACGCUUACUGAGUUGCAUAAAUUCCCUCCUGGUUUAGAGGACAUGUAUGGAGUUAUGCUUGGUCAAAUGCUCAAGUUAGAUGAUGAUGAUCUCGACUUCUGCAAAAGCAUACUCGCUGUCGCGAUGAUUGCAUAUCGGCCCAUUACAUUUGCAGAGCUCCCUUCUCUAGUUCAGCUUGAAGGUGAUAUCUCGGGCUACACCGAGUGGCUCGAAGAUAUCAUUAAGCUAUGCGGUUCAUUUCUGGUCACGCGCCAAGAGACUAUCUACUUUGUGCAUCAAUCUGCUAAGGAAUAUCUACAAGCUCAUGCGUCCGCCAGAAUCAUGCCUUCUGGAAUUUAUGAUGUCCAUUAUAAUAUCUCCUUGCAAUCACUCAAGCUUUUGAUGCAGACGCUAAAGCGGGAUAUUUAUGUUCAGUCUCAGCCUGGAUUGGCCAUUAACCAAAUGGAAAAGCCCAAUCCAGACCCUUUAAAGACUAUCCGAUACUCUUGCGUCUACUGGACACAUCAUCUCCACGAAGCUUACAAAAAGCACCCACAGCGGUGCCAGGACUGCCUGAGCCGGAAUGGUGUUGUCUACCAAUUUCUUAAUGGCUUCUUGCUCUAUUGGCUGGAAGCUUUAAGUUUGCUUAGGCGAAUGCGAGCCGGCAUAAUUGCCAUAGAAAAGCUGGAAGAAAUCCUCGAGGACCUCGAUCCCAACUCAGACUGGCUAGCUCUAGUCGAAGAUACUCGAAGAUUUGUUCUAUACAACCAGGUUCUGAUCGAGAAUGCUCCACUUCAAACAUAUGCCUCAGCCCUUGUCUUUAUACCCGCGAAGAGCCUCGUUAAGGAGUCAUUUCAAACAGAACAACCGAAGUGGAUGAAAACAUACCCUAUAAUGGAAGAUAGCUGGAGUGUAUGCCUCCAGACACUUGAAGCCCAUGGUGACACAAUUAGAUCGGUGGUUUUCUCGCACGACCACCGGUAUCUUGCAUCGGCAUCAAGCGAUUUUUCUAUUAAAAUCUGGGAUGCCGUAUCUGGAAAGUGGGAGAAAACUCUGAAAGGUCAUGGCAGUUGUGUUACUUCCCUAGUUUUCUCCCAGGACAAUAAUCUUCUUAUCUCUGGUUCAAGUGAUAAAACAAUUCGGUUCUGGGGAGCACAUUCCGGCAAGUGUUUACAAACUCUUAGGGGUCAUGAAAACCAUGUCAGAUCGGUAGUCCUCUCCCACGACAACCAAUACCUUAUUUCCGCUUCCUGCGAUCGAAAUAUCAAGAUCUGGGAUAUUGCCAAGGGUGACUGUGCCAAAACGCUCCAAGGCCACCAGGACUGGGUCAAUGCCCUGGCACUCUCGCGGAAAAGCGGUUACCAUCACCUUGCAUCAGCCUCAAGCGAUCGAACUAUCAGGAUCUGGGAUACCAAGGACUGCAGAUGCAUUACAGUACUUAAAGGCCAUAGCGACUGGGUUAAUUCGAUAGCCUUCAAACAGGACAGUUUAUAUCUCGCUUCGGGAUCGAGUGAUAAAACCGUGAGAAUUUGGGACGUUGCUACAUCCAGCUGCGUGAAAAUACUUCCAGGCCAUUCCAACUGGGUAAACUCUGUAGCAUUCUCCCACAAUGGCAAAUAUCUUGCCUCAUCAUCCAACGAUGCAACAAUUAAGAUCUGGGACAGUGGCGGCAAAUGCGAACAGACGCUUCGCGGGCAUAGCUGGACUGCGAUCUGCCUGACCUUUUCUCCGGACGAUCAGCGCCUUAUAUCAGGCUCCUCAGAUAGAACGAUAAAGGUUUGGGACAUGACUGUUAUAGGCAAGAGUGAGCGGGUUCUUAAUGCCCACGAUAAAUGGGUUGAUUCGUUAACGUUCUCCCAUGACGGCAAGUACAUAGCGUCGAUCUCAGAUGAUUGGACUCUCAUGGUCUGGAGCGCAAGCACGGGGAAAUAUAUGCAUACGCUUGGGACUCAUAAGGAUAUGCUCAAUGGGCUAUGCUUCUCAUACGACACGCUGCUAGCUUCAGCCUCAAGCGACCAUACUGCCAAGAUAUGGGACAUCAUUACAGGCGAAUGCAAGGAAACCCUGGAAGGCCAUGAGGACUGUGUCAAUUCAGUUGAUUUCUCGCCUGAUGGUAGCCUCCUUGUGUCAUCUUCGGGGGACCAUACAGUUAGGGUCUGGGAGGUUGAUACGGGCAUGUGCAUACGAUUAUUUGAAGGCCACACUGAUUCCGUUGGGACAGCAAUUUUUGCAAAUGAUGGCCAGUAUAUUGCUUCUUCAUCGCGCGACAAGUCUGUUAGGAUUUGGAGCACUGAGCAAGAAAACUGCAUAUGGGUAUUGAAUGGCCAUGACGGUUGGGUUAACUCGGUAGCCUUUUCAGAUGACAGCAAGUAUGUUGCAUCAACAUCAACAGAUAGGACAAUCCGGCUCUGGCAUGUUCGUACGGGAGUCUGCGCCCAUGUUCUCCAUGGCCACAAGGAUUCAGUCAACGCAGUCGCUUUUUCACAUAACGGCAAAUUCCUUGCCUCUACCUCAGCCGAUGAGACUAUCAGGAUCUGGGAUACCGACACGGGCAAGUGCGCCGCUGCUAUAAAGGCAGGAGCUCUGCUCCUUUGUAUUUCCUUUGACCUGACGGACUCCUAUCUGCUCACCAAAAUAGGGCGUGUCGCGCUCCGCUCAGUAUUGGAGCCCAAGACUCGAAAACCGAUCUGGUAUGGCUAUGGCCUGAGCCCGGAUUUGACUUGGAUCACCUGCCAUGGCCAAAACCUGCUACGAGUACCGUCUGAACACCAUCUACUUUGCAGUGCAGUAUUUGAAUCGACGGUAGCAAUUGGCUGUGAGUCCGGAAAGAUGUUUGUGUUGGAAUUCCAGUCGUGCAAGCUAUUCCCGCUUCCAAAAGUGGAUGGAAAUUAUCUGCUAGACGAGCCAAUGAUGGAGACCUGGCAAGCGCAAGCGCCCAGCUCCACACCAUUCCACGAGCUUAGCGCGUCCGCUCAAGUGGCAAGCGCGACGCCCACGGCGGAUGAUGACGCCACUUUGGAGGACCCAGGGUCACCCAUGCAGAAAUGCGAACCACUAGGGAGGAGGGAGUCAGACGCAGACGGCCGCACACCACUACAUCUGGCUGUUCUGAGCAAUAAUGAGUCGCUUGUGCUACAGUUUUUGAGGGAGAAAGAAGUAGACCAAAGCAUGCGGGAUAAACAUUCGCGCACCGCUCUUUUCUAUGCCCUACUACAGAAACAAAAAAAGAUUGCACUUGCUCUGGCUGAGAAAUGGAAUGUUCCAGAUCGAGUGGUCACAAGUCAUCUAAAUCACCCAGCACAAGGUUACAAAGACAAGUCUCUUUUUAAUGCAAUUAUGAGGCAGAACCAUGACGAAAUCGCAUUUUUGAUCGAAGCUGGUGCAAACAUGGAAGCGAGGGGAUACGGCAUCUGGCCUGGCUGGAAAGGUACUGCGCUUCAUGAAGCUGCCUGGUUUGGGACCCCGGAGAUUUUGCAACUUAUGCUGGACAAAGGAGCGGAGAAAUAUGCAACAGACAUUGGAGGUCGAACCCCUUCGCAUCAUCCAAACUGGUCGCGAACUAGGGAGAUAUCGAAGUUCUUGAGUUAA